GAUGCUCGUGAAGUUUAAUCUCUCUUGACCUUAAAGGAAAAACUGGAGAUUGAAAACUAUGGAUCCUUUAUAUUUUUCCAGCACAUUUAGCGUGGAAGCAAGUUCCGGUGAUGUAAAUUAUUCAUUGCUGACAAAUAUGACAGAGAACAGGACGUUCUCUGAGCUACCCACUUUCAAAUAUGUCCACAAAGUCCUGAUUCCCAUUUUUUACCUCCUUGUAUGUGCAGUUGGACUCAGUGGCAAUACCUUGGUCAUUUACGUGGUUUUACGCUACGCCAAGAUGAAAACUGUCACCAACAUUUACAUCUUGAACUUAGCCGUUGCCGACGUACUCUUCAUGCUGGGCUUGCCGUUCCUGGCUACCCAGAACGCCAUCUCUUACUGGCCUUUUGGCUCUUUUUUGUGUAGACUGGUUAUGACUGUGGAUGGCAUUAACCAAUUCACUAGCAUUUUCUGUUUGACUGUGAUGAGCAUGGACCGCUACCUGGCGGUAGUUCACCCCAUCAAAUCAACCAAGUGGCGACGUCCCAGGGUGGCCAAGCUAAUCAGCACAACGGUCUGGACUUUCUCCUUCUUGGUGGUGCUUCCAGUCAUCAUCUUUUCGGAUGUGCAGGACGUCUUGCAGACCUGCAACAUGAACUGGCCCGAUCCCGUCAACAUCUGGUCAGCAGCGUUCAUCAUUUACACCUCCGUCUUGGGCUUUUUUGGCCCUUUGCUGGUGAUCUGCCUUUGCUACUUGCUGAUUGUGAUUAAAGUCAAAUCUUCAGGGAUCCGUGUUGGGUCUACAAGACGCAGGAGAUCAGAGAGGAAGGUGACCAGGAUGGUGGUGAUCAUUGUAGUCGUCUUCGUGCUUUGCUGGCUCCCGUUUUACAUGAUGAACAUUGUCAAUUUGAUAUUUAUACUGCCAGAAGACCCUGUGCUGGUAGGGGUGUACUUCUUUGUGGUGGUCCUGUCAUAUGCAAACAGCUGUGCCAACCCCAUUCUUUAUGGAUUUCUUUCUGACAACUUCAAGCAGAGUUUUCAGAAAGUCCUUUGCCUCCGGAAGGGCAAUGGCAUAGAGGAUGGUGACCCCAUUGAACACAGGCAAGAGAACAGCAGUCGCUUGCAAGAAUCGAUGCUAACCCAGAGAAAUAUUGAAUUCAAUGGACACAUGCAGACUAGUAAGGUGUAAGAGCAUGGCUUGGACAUGCAAAGUAUUUUUAGAACUGGAGACUUUAGAAACUUGAAGGAAAGAUGAAAUCUUAGCAAAGCUAAAAUCUGGAGAACCACAAGCUAAAAUAAAUGUACAUAGACUUCUCUUCCCUCCCUUUCCCAACUUAAAGUGUUACAGGCUAUACUGGGUUGUGUGAAGUUCUUAUGGCAUUUUAGCUAAGGCCAUCAGAAGGGUGUUACCACUUUCUAUGCUCUAGAGAACAGAUUUACUGGCACGCACUGCUUGCUUUGUAGUGCUCCAGUGAUGCAAAAAACCACUAAACCUGUUCUAACUAACUACCUUGUUAAGCUGAGCUUAUGGCUG